CUUUCAGCUGGUGUCCACACGCGCCACUUUGCAAUGGAGCUAGCUGUGCGUAGUACCAGCUAUUCCCAUUGAAAAUGGCAGGUCUGAUGUGGAGCGAAUGGAGGGGGAGUUGCGGUAAGAAAGACAUCGGAAAUUGUGGGGUUUUUGGGUGGGAUUACGAAAGCACUUGGUGAUGGCGAUCGAGAAGUAUUUCGUCUGUUCUAAACCCUCAUUCUGGGCUGUGGAAUGGGUCGUUUCAUGUGAUUUGGCGAGUAAACAACACUUGGGUGGCAGUCGUGCGCCGCCACAGGCUGUAUUGCCAGCUGUGCUGUGUGUUUUUAUGUAGGCCUAGGGGUCUAACGUUAUGACAUUGACAGCAAUUCAUGAAUGCGGAAGUCUAUGUAACUGAUGAAGCGAACUUUGAAGCUUCUACUUUUCCAGCCAUGGACUCCCAAGCUGGGACAUUAGCUGGCAACAUUUGCAACAACCCGCCACAUUUACCGCAGUCGGUGCGCGUCACGGCAGGGAACAGCGGCAGCGAAUUCAGGGAGGUCUUCAUCUCAUCGUCGGAGAUCACUAACCAGUCCGCAGGCAUGGGUGUUGCAGCAGAGCCACCACAAUUUACAACGGUUGCCAGGUCCCAGGAACAACAAAAUGACGGCCAAAGAGUUAACGGUGUCGGCGAAGGACCGAUUUCUAGAACCGCUGUGCGUUGUUCGGGAAACGAGUCCGUUGCAGCCUCAAAUGAGACACCUGGCCUGUCAGAUGGCCAAAGAAUCACAACUAGGAUGGAGGAUGUUUCACUUGAUUCACCGACGACAGUUGAGAAUCUUCUGACGAGUGCAUCCUCAGACACAACGACGAACAAAUCUGACACAACGUCAUCAUCAUCAAGCAAUCCUUUACAGGGACCGGUCAAAUUAUGCAAUAGAACUAGUAGCAGUUUAGGUAAUUUAGUCAUUACAGAAAACAAUGGCAACCAAGCCAUCCACAGUUCUUGUGAUGCAAUAGGGAGUGAUCUUGCCACGGCCUCACCACAGGAUGCAAUAAGAUUAGAACCAGAUUUACUGAGGCAAUGCGGCGAACGCAUGCCAGGGGAUGGACAGGAGCAUCCGUCGGACUCGAACCCGAACCAAAGCUGCGGGACGACGAGUAUCGCAUCUGCUCAGUCCGGGGAGUCUUCUCUGGAACAGCCUGCAGUUUUGGACGUCACCAGUAGCGAGGAGCUCAUUCUGAGCGACAUCGAGCUGUCUGGGGAGAGUCCCGCGUCCCCUGCAACUAUUGACGUCAUAAACCUGGGCUCCCAGUCGCCCAUUGGGUCCAAGCUGAGGAGACCGAGGUCCCUCGAGGGUUGCCUAGAUCUGGAUGACAGACCUUCCAAGUGGACAACCCCAAACAAAUCCCAGUCUCUCAGAACCACACCCUCAACGAGCACUCCCCGGUUCCUCGAGGAACUGAAUGAAGCAGGAACCGCUGUCAUUGAACUGCAGGAGCCAACCUUGGAACCAUUGCAAGAUGGUCAGUCGGACUCCAGAAACCCCCGCCUCUCCGGCAUUCUGCAGCAUGAGCUCAGGUCGAGGGCGUCCUUCACGAGCGUUUCGAGCCUGAGCACGGACUACUCAUCUUCUCUCGCUACCGACGACCUCAGCGAGAACAGAGACAGCCUGGAGCCGGGCUUUGUUGAAGUGAACUUGCACAGUCAGUUGAGUGGAGGGGACCACUGGGCCUACACAACCCAAGGAGCAAAGCCUAAAAAGAAGGGCUUGGCUGGAUUCCUAGCAAGAAACCUUUUCCCCUGGAAGACGUCGGCCAAGUCAUCCGUGGACCAAGUGGACGGCCCGCCGGCCAGCUCCGGAUGGAAGCUCUUCAAUCGCAGCCCAGCCAAGCACGCCGCCCAGCACCCCGCCCAGCACCCCGCCCAGCACCCCGACCCCUAUGACAGCAACUACCCGCCCAAGGGCAAGACGCACCCGCCCACGCUGUCCCUGAACUGGAAGAAGAAGCAGGCUGGGAUGCGACCGGCGACCUCCACCACAGCGCUAAUCCUGGAGAACAGGCCUCAACACCUCCCGGCCAAGAAUCCUGACGAAGAACAAAAGCACAAAGAGCAAUAUGAAGAGAUGGUCAAAGGAGCCAAGCAGAAAGAAAUCAAGGUGUACAAGCAACAGAUGAAGAAGUUAGCCAAGCAGCUCAAGUACGAAGAAGGGAUCAAGACGCUUCUCCACGUUUGGCAGACUGACCUCCUAAAGAACUGGGAUCACUCGAAAACCAACAAGAAGACGAGGGAGAUGUGGUGGCAGGGCAUCCCGCCCAGCAUCCGGGGCCGGGUCUGGAUGCUGGCCAUCGGCAACGAGCUCAACAUCACCCCGGAGCUGUUUGAAAUCUUCCUGGCCCGAGCCAAGGACCUCAUCAAAGUCUUCAACGAGCCUGACACCGAGGACUCUGAGGAAGUUCAUGAGGCCAGCAGAGAAGACAGCGUGGACGUGAUACGACUGGAUGUUUCCCGGACGUUCCCGCAUCUGUGUAUAUAUCAAAAGGGUGGUCCCUACUUCGACCGUCUUCAUAGUGUGUUAGGUGCAUAUGCAUGCUACAGGCCAGAUAUUGGUUAUGUUCAAGGGAUGUCGUUCAUCGCCGCAGUAUUUCUCCUGUAUCUGGAACCGGCUGAUGCGUUUUGUUGUUUUGCCAACGUUCUCAACAAGUCAUGCCAACUUGCCUUCUUCCGGCUUGACCAGCCCGUGAUGCAGUCUUAUUUUGAUACCUACGAGGAAUAUUUUGAGGAUAACCUUCCUGAUCUGUACAACCACUUCAAGAGCCAGUGCCUUACUCCAGACCUGUACAUCAUUGACUGGAUGUACACUCUGUACACCAAGUCUCUACCCUUGGAUGUCGCCUGUCGCUUUCUAGACAUCUUCUUCAGAGAUGGCGAGGAGUUCAUCUUCCGCACAGCGCUAGGCAUCCUGCAUCUCUACGAGGACAUCCUCAUCUCCUUGGAGUUCAUCCAGCUGGCCCAGUUCCUGACCAAGCUGCCGGAGGACAUCCAGUGUGAUCAACUCUUCAAGAGCAUCGAGGUCGUCGACAUGCACCAGAAGAAGUUCAGCCAGGUCCUGGCCGUCCACCUGGCCAACAACAGCCACAGUUAAAACAAGGGGUAUGCAUUCGUUCCAGCGGCCGACACGCUAAUGGAGUAAAGUCUGUCACAAGCCAAUAUAGCCUAUCAGGCCAGAAUUGUUUUCUUGUUCCUUGGUAUGAAGGAAGAGAAUAUAUCUCUUCCCCUGGAUAGGAUACCAGUCACAUGUUACUCCCCAGCUAAUGGCAGUACCCAGUUGUACUCCUGGGUGGAGAGUGGCAAGUUGGGGUAAAGUGGCUUGCCCAAGGACACCACAUAUGGAUGGACAUCAUCAUCAUCGUUGGUUUUAAGGCCGUUGUCCAGUCUGUUCUGGGUUGACCUGCUUUCUCCCUGUGGCUCCUCUCCACUUGGCCCUGUCCGUUGCGUCCCUCACAUUGACUCCAAGCAGUCGCAUGUCAGCUGACACAGAGCUCUGCCUCUUUGCCGUGGUCGGCCAAUGGGUGUGGGCCCAUCCGCAACUAUUUUAGUACACCUCUUGACAUAUUUUUGACAAUUCAGAGCAGAUCUUCCAAUUUCCACAAUUAUAGAUCUGGUUUUAAUGACAAAACUAAAAUCACAAGUGGAGCAGAAAUAUUCUCCCACAUGAGCACAUAUAUACCCCACUUAUAUGUUUGGGUUUUGCCUCCAUUUUCAGCCCCCCCCUUCCGUAAAUGCUGGAUCCGCCACUGUCAUUUGAGACUGGAUGACCUGUGAUGAUGUUAUUAAACUCAGAGGAAUUAUCUUUAAAUCAGUUAUCUUGUCACAGGCUUCAUAUACAGUAUUUAGAAGAGGCUUCAAUUUUUUUUAAUUGUAAUGAUGCCAAAAACGUUCCUCAUAAUUAAAGUCUGAGUACGAUGCUUGGCCAAUGCAAGAAAAUGUUUUGCGUUUUUGUUUUUUUUGCAAAACUUGUCAAACAUUGAAAAAACAAAUCAUUCCUUUUUGGUAUAUUUAAAAUUAGUCCUUUAUGGGAAUGAGUGUCGACACAUGUUGUAAACGGCACACAAUUAACCCUUUUUUAAGCAAGAAAUGAAAUUUUGUUGUAUAUACAAUGUAAUAAAAUAUGAGACAAUAGAUUCCGUAAAUUAUGGUAAUUGCUCUUUGAGUGACUAAGUACAGACCAAAAUAAUAUAGAGGUAUAUCAAUGGAGAUGAAUGAAUUUCUAUUCUACAUAUUAUUCUAGAAAAGCAGCUAAUAAAAUUAAUGCUUGUUUUCAUUCUCGCCCCAUAGCGCAGGAUGACAGUAAUUUUUAUAAUCCAUUUAUGGUUAGUAUCCAUAGAAACCCUUUAUAUUCCUUUUCUUUUUUGUUUCCUGAUUCAUAACAACAAAAAAGUUUCAUGUAAAAUUUUAUAUAAACCACUACAACACAAAGGUAUGCAUUAUAUUAUAAAAAAUAAUAAUUUAUAUAUCGUAUCAACUUGUACAUAGUGUAAAAGAAAUGAAAAACAAAAAUUGUGAUACCGAUAAAAGUAGCGCGAGUACGAAAAGGCACAUUCUUUUAAAGGAACAAAACAUAGUAUGGCAAUUUGUGCACGUUGUGUAUAUAUUCUGAUUAUGUGGUAUAUUUUUUAUGUGAUAUUCAGGAUUAGCCUGUAUGACGAAUGCGGUGUGAUGUACCAUUCUGAAAAAGGCUCAUUUCAAACGCAACAGCACAGGGCUAGUUUACAUCAUAAUAUGCUCUUUUUUUUAUGACGGCCCUUGGUUUCUUGUAUCAUAUGCUAUAUGUAUCGAUCUUUUCAAUGUAUUAUCUUAAAGUACCUAAGUUUUGUAGUAACAACCACUUCAUUAACAUUAAUGAUUAUAGUGUUGUUUUCACGGCAUUAGUUACUUUUAGGACCCCAGAAUGAAAAUGCAUUAAAUGUGUUUUGAACUUGCCUAAACAGCUGGCGAAGGCCAGAUUUAAUUGUUGAUCACUGAAGGAUUUUUUUUAAAGGGAAGUUAAGUUCGAGAACCACUCGGUUGACAACUGACCUAUGAACAACAUCAACUUCCCAAGGAAAAAAUAUCCUUCGGCGAAAAUAUAGAGGAGUCCUAAAAGUAACUAAUUCCAUUUUCACCUUACAAUCCUCUCAGCAAUGUUUACUUUGUCAUUUAUAUGUGCAUCAAAAAGAUUCCUACCCUAUUCCAAAUUGUGAUUUAUUCAAUUUUGUAUAUUCCAACUUCACGAGAUUGGAGGCUUUUCUUUUCGGGAUAACACUUCACCAUUAUGCGAAAUUGAAAAAAAAAUACCUCCUUUUGAAUACGUGAAAAUUGAAGAAAAUAUUCACAUUUUCUUUUUGAUUUCCGCACGGAACGCCCAUGGGUCAUCAUUAACCCCAUAGAGUUGUGUAUACUUUUAUCUGAUGUGUUCAUCCCGAAGUGAAAUUGUCAAAUCCUGACUUGUACGGAAUGAUACGCAAAGGCCUACCGGUAUUAUAGCCAAACUGUGUAACGCAUGUGACCAAGCGAAAAUCUAUUUUAUCUUCUUGCGAGAUAAAAGAGAAAAACAGAUGACAAUCGAGGUGUUCUAAUUAGUACAAAACAUUUUGUCAUCCUCAUCCCAUAUUUUCGGUUCGGGGAGAAGAAAUUUUAAAAGUUUAUUGGCGUAACUGUACUGUAUAUUAUAAAUUGAGAUUAGCGAGCGAUUUGUAUUUUGUAUACCGUAACCAAUCACUCAAAAUGUGUCAUCGAAAAUGAGCAUAACAAUCGAAGACAUUGUUUAUGACAAUUAACAGCUCAGGCUUAAAAUAAUAUCAGGAUUCUAUCCCCGUCGUGGGUGAUAUCAACUGAUUUCCAAAAUAUGUAUUUGCGGGAAUGAUUUUAUGAUUGACUCGAAAAUGUGAAUCUACGGACAAAGGAUAAUUGUUUUAAAUGGUCAAGCCGUAUAGAUGGUUCAAAUUUUGUUGAGGAAAAAAUGAAGACAUCUUGCAGUUUCCAAGUCUCAACCGCACUGUAAAUCGAACGUUAAUCACUACACACUGAUAUUUUAUCAAUUAGGCCUACUUAACUUUUGUUUUAGUAUUUGCAGACUUUGCCUGGAUUCGGUGUCAUUCAGAAUUUGGGCGGGACAUUUAGUUGACGCGCACCGUUCCUUGUGUGUGACGCACGUACGUACACCAGGGAAUUUGUACUAUGUACACGCAGUGGUACGGCCGCGCCUAGCGGCAAAAUUUCAGUCAGGCAAGAUGGCGUCGGUCAGUCACCCCCAACUGUACUUUCUUUGCCGGUGAGGGGGUACUUGUGAACGGAGCGGAUAGUGAACGACAGUAGGUCCUCUCGACUUUUCGGCUAGUUUGCAAUUGUCACGCAAGUCGUCUUACGACCACAGAAAACUGGUCAAAAUGUUGAGAAUCUGGUUACAAGCUGUCAGUUCAAAUCGAUUCUGGUACUUUCAGUUGUGUGCGUAAAAGUUUUGGUCGGGGAUAACUCUCAAACGCAGGCUGUGUUACUCCGCUUUUUUGUACCCUCACCGGGAGUUUUAAAGUUCGAUGAAACAUUGUUUAAUGUUGGCUGUGAUUACCUUCAUCGAACGCACGCUAGUCGACGAUGGCUGGACUUUCCAGAUGACCUUUUUUGAUCCGGCUGAUCGAGGUCAGCUGCUUCGCUGGUUACCAGCGAACUAUGGUUAAAUGUGGUUAGACCUCGCCUGAACUUGCUCUAUGGUGACGUUUGACAGUAAUCGACUUGCAGAUCUAGGGACCGGGCGACUGUAAACAUUAGCGCGCAGUCGCGAGGUGCAUCACAACACCACCACAAGUAACCAAUAGUCCUUGCUCGAACUCGUUCCAUCCUAAAAGCUAAAACUGAAUUCUAGCACGUCUUACCGAGAAUUGGUCUUCACGAAAUUGCUUCUUUAUUCCCGUGGCUGAAUGACAUUGUAUUAUUUCUUUGGCCAGAGGCAGAAUCUAUGGUUUCUUGUCGUUCGUAUAUUUUGUUUUUAUAUUUGGAUAAUAAAUUGUUAGUUAAAAUUGUAAAAAAAAAAAAGCAAAACGAUGUGAAUUUGAAGUCGCACAGUCAGUGGGGCCCUUUUGUCCAUGUAGUGUAAUCAGUGCAUUAUGUACAAACAGUAAUUUUUGUAUGUCGCUCAUUUAUAAAUAUACAAACAAUGAAAGGCACAAAUUAUAAUGUACAGACAAUAUACAGAUGGAAUAAAUAUAAAUGGUGCCAUUGCAUAACAUA